CUCAAAACUGGACAGGAUUGACCAGUUUGAUUGGUUAAAUCGGUACGUAUGGCUUUUCGUUCUUGAGUUGUUAUGGGGAAGAAGAGUAGGUCUAAAGAGCCCGCACCUCCAACUCCUCUGAAGAAGAAGGUUCCGGAGUUGAAGGUGGAUGAUGAGGUAACUGUUGAUACGGUGGAGUCUGAUAGUUCUUGUGAUGAGGUUGACUCUGUGAAUGAUGCGCUUGAAUGUGAAAUUGGAACGGAAAAGGAAGGUGAGGAUGAUACCUCCUCCGAUAAUAAAUCUAAUUCUCAAUCCAUUGAUGAAGAAGCUGUGGAGAAGGACAUGUUAGAUAAACUACUGGAGCAAACCAAAGACACCUCCAAGGUGUUUGAGAAAAAGCCUGAACCAACUCCUAAGAAGAACUUUGCUGAUCUGCUUAAGAAUAACAGGGGUGAGAAGCAAGGAAUGCAACUCUUUAAGGUUGAUUUGCCUGACACAGAGGAGGUCUUCUUACCCAAAGAAGCUAUCCUUCCUGUUGAAGAGAUUUGGGGGUACUGUUUAGUAGGCUGUUUUGCAGGGAAAUUCCCUGGGCUUAAAGCCAUCCAGAAAAUGGUGGACAGCUGGGGGGUACCCUGUGAAAUUCUCCCACACAAGAGAGGCUGGAUUGUAUUUAAAUUUUGGACAGAUGAACACAGGCAAGCUGUUAUGACAAAACCUGUGGAGGAGAUUACAAUUAACAAGAAGCUGAUGUUCAAAAUUCUUGAAAAGGAUUUUAUGUGGAACUGCAAAUCCUUUGCCACCAUGCCAGUUUGGGUCAAAUUCGUGGAUGUUCCUAUGGGCUUUUGGUCUCCUCUGGGGCUUUCCCUCAUUGCUUCUAAAUUAGGAACACCACUCUAUUCUGAUGGAGUGACUUACACUGCUGCAUCCAAGUUUGAUACUUCUCAGGAACCUAAUGCUGCCAGGAAGGUAACCUACUGUAGGGUGAUGGUUAACAUGGACUUGUUUGUCAAACCCCCCUUGUCGGUUAAGGUUGCCUAUGAUGAGGGAAACUACAUUCAAAAGGUUGAAUACGAAGAUAUGCCAGAAUAUUGCUAUCAUUGUGAAGCCUUUGGCCAUAAUCCUUUUGACUGUAAGGCUUUACAUGAGAUUCACAGGAAAAGAUUUUUGGAAAAAGAAAGAUUGGAAGAACUGGCCAGAAUUGAGGCACUUAAAGAGGCUAAAUUGGCUGAGGCUAAAGCUAAAGGUACCAACAAACCCAACUACACAUACAAAGCCAAGAAUACUGACAAACAACCAGCUCCUAAGGUACCUACUGCCAAUGAUGUGCCAAUUCUUGAUGAAAAUAAGGGCAAGAAGGCUGUGGAAAAUGAAGUGACUCAGAAACCAAGCAAUGAUGAGGAUCCUGCACCUUCCUUCUCUGUUAAGAAUCCCAAUGAUGGUGAUACCCUUAUUGGAACUGGGGUUGGCACUCUCACUACCAUUCUAACUAAGGAUUCACAUCUCAAGGAACCUCCUGACAUUGGGGGAAAAGGCAGGAGAAGCCUACUGCUCAAUCUAAGAGUAGUGGCAGGACUGGAGGAAACCAAUAUCAUGGCAACAACAAAGGGGGUGGGAAUAGAGACAGAGGGAGGGGCCCUGGCCCUAACCGCAGAUGAAGGUGCCAUUCACACCCCUUGGGCCAUCAUGGGGGAUUUCAACUGUGUGGCUAAUUCCAAUGAGAGACUCAACUGCCAUUCCCAGGCUGCUUAUUCCAUGACUGACCUUUUCCAGUUUAGAAUCAACAAUGACUUGGUUGACUCUAAAUCUACUGGACUUCAGUACACAUGGAAUAAAGGGAAUAAGUGGGCCAAGCUUGAUAGAGUGCUGAUUAAUCAUGACUGGGAGGCAAUUGAUUGGGUAUGCUGGGCAGAAUUCAAAGACAUGCAAAUUGAAUCAGAUCAUUGUCAUGUUGUCCUGAACCUUAUCCAAAACAACAGCAAGGGAACACCACUCCUUUCAUACCAUCCUUCAGAAUUCUUGGGGUAUCAGAGUGGAGGGUACAAGGCAAUACAGAGGAAGAUUAAGACUGAGUUGGUUUUGGAAGGGGAUAAAUGCACUAAAUACUUCCAUGCCUUGAUGAGAAAGCAACAUGCAUCCAAUUCAAUCUCAUUCCUCACUACUGGAGGUGGAGGUGUUACUAGUUCUUUGGAAGAUAUUGUGGGCCAAUUCACUGGGUACUACACCAACCUGUUUGGGCAUUGUCCCAAUGUAAUGCCUAUUGACUGGAGUGUUUUUCAGGAGGGGAAUGUAAUCAAUCCCAUGGAAGCUCUUACACUGAACAGAAAUGUCCAUAUCGAUGAGGUUAAAGAGGCAUUGUUUAGUAUUGGGAAUGAUAAGGCACCAAGACCUGAUGGGUUUACUGCUUCUUUCUUCAAGAGGAAAUGGAAUAUGGUUGGGCAGACUGUUUUUGAGGCUGUGGAUGAAUUCUUUAGAAGUGGUAAACUGUUGAAACAGAUUAACCAUGCAACUGUUGCUCCGAUCCCCAAGGUUAAGGAGAAUCCUGAUGAUCUAAUGCUUUUCUCUAGGGGGGAUAUUACUUCUGUGAAAGUUUUGGCUGAUGCACUUAAACAUUUCUCUCAAGUGUCUGGGCUGCAUGUCAACCCACAGAAGUCUAAUAUUCACCUUGCUGGACAGAUCAAGGAUAAUAAGGAGGAAAUUUUAAUUCUUGUGCAGUUUCCCUUGGGACAAUGCAGGUACCUCGGCCUGCCACUUACCUCACAGAGAGCUUCAGAAAGGGACUUUGCACCUUUAAUCAGUAAAGUGGAGGAAAAUAUUCGUAGAUGGAAUACCAAGACACUUUCCCAGGCUGGGAGAGUGGAAUUAAUCAGAAGUGUCAUUCAAGGGAUUCAGAGUUCCUGGCUCCAAGCCUUUCCAGUUCACAAAUCUGUGUUGAAUAGAAUCAUCACCAUCUGCAGAACCUUUCUUUGGGGAAGUAAGUUUUCAAAAGUGACUUGGAGUGACAUCUACAAACCCCUUGAGGAAGGUGGGCUGGGAUUGAGGAACUCCUACACUUGGAAUCAGGCCUUCCUCAUUAAGAAUCUAUGGAAUAUAGCAUCCCAUAAAGACACCCUUUGGGUUAAAUGGGUCCAUUCUGUCUAUCUUCAAGACAGGGAUGUUUGGACAUGGACACCAAAAAAAGGGGACUCACACCUCUCUAAAAAGCUGUCCAUUGUCAGGGAUCUAAUGGUUGAAAAGUGUGGGGAACUUCAAAUGAUUGAAGAGUAUAUGCAUUCCUUAUGUGACAAUGGAACUCUGAGCACCUCCAAGGUCUAUGAUCUCAUCAGAACUAGGAACCAAGCCAAGCCCUGGAUGAAAUUCAUUUAGCAGGCCUAUAUUCCUCCAAGAUUCUCUUUUACUACCUGGUUAGCCUUUCGUAGACGUCUCCCUACAAAGGUUAACCUGU